AACGAAAGCAAGAGGGCGAGGAGAAGCAGGAGGAGCAGCAGGAGGAGCAGCAGGAAGGGGUGGAAAUUCGAAAAGACGACGGAGAGAACAGGUGUACCGGCGCGUCAGAGGGUGUAGAAUGCGGCGAUACAAAGCGCGGUGCUCGCCCGCGACGAGGCGAUGAGAAGGCUGAAUGGAGGCCGAGGAAGCCUCAGAGCCCCCUGGGGCUCCGACCAAUGUUCCCGCGUCAAAGUACAGCGAGAUGAACCGUAACCGCGCACUGCAGCCAAUCUAAAUUGUCACCUGUUCUGAUUUUCUUGCUAUUUCCACGUAACCACUGCUAGAAAUCACACAGAUAACACCAUUAUCGAUCAACGAAACGAGCGAAGCUACAUAACCUCACAGUCCACAUUGGAGAACGAUCUUAUAAGGGUCCGCGCUAUUACAUACCUGAACCAGGUGGUCGACCACCACUUACAGUUAGCCUAGACAAUUUCGAACAACAAAGUUCUUCACUGACACGGCCUGGCAUACUUCCUAUUCAGACGCACAAGCUGCUUCGAACCACAGAGUCGUGUCUGAUGCGACCAUAGACCUCGUAAGGUCCAUUGACACGCGACAGCGAAGAAACUUGAGCAACGAAACGUGAUUACGACUAGGAUCGGGUUUAUCGAUUAGGUAUAAAAGGAAGGAAUCAUUAGGAGGAUGGCUGCACCGGUGAUAGAGAAGAAGCGGUUCUUCUGCCGCGAGUGGGCAUUCACCAAGCUGUCCCAUUGCUUGGAACAGAGGCCAACAUCGAAGACCUGCGGUGUCCUGGUCGUUGGUGGACCAGGAAGCGGGAAAACGGCAUUCAGUGCCGAGUUAGCUUGGCCAUCCGCAGGUGCCAAUGCUAGACAUCAGAGAUCUUUGAACAGGAGACUACUGGCUAGGCAUUUUUGUCAGGCCAGGAGCGAGGCAUCCCUGUCGCCAGCUCAGUUCGUAAGGUCCCUGGUCGCUCAGCUACUGCAGCCUGGAUCGGAUGGGAUUCACAGGGUGUCUUCGAGCUCACCAAUACCAGGCAGCACAACCACUAACGCCACGCCAGUGUCAAUGACAUCGAGGGAAAUGGUAGCAGAAGCCUACGCAGAGAAACUUAGAACCGAUCCAGAGAUACAGGCCGCCUUGCAACCGGAUGUUCUCGACAGAGACCCAGACGACGCUUUAAAGAAGGCUCUGCUCUUUCCUCUGUUAGAAUUGGAGUCACCAAAAUGUUGCCUGUUCCUGUUAGUCGACUCCAUCGACGAGGGACAGACACUGGAUAUUUCACAGACGGGUACCAGAGACUCGAGGAGAGACAACGACAACGUCAGCAGAACGAUCGCCGAAUUGUUGGCCAAUCAUCAUCAUCUGUUCCCUCAGUGGUUGCUGCUCGUUUGCACUGCACGACGUCAGAGCAAACCGAUCUCGCGGAUGUUCAGCGGCUUCAGGAAGAUACCUUUGGAUGAUCUGAGGAAGUCCUUGGUAGUGAGAGACAUCCAACAGUACAUCCUCGCACGAUUGGAUCAAGAAGAUGCGCUCAGGCAGCACAUCUCGCGCGACACAGCCGAGAUGCUAAACCAGCUGCACAUCAAGAGCAACGGCUGCUUCCUGUACCUGGAGAAGGUUCUCGACGGCGUGGCAGAGAAUUUCAUCGUAUUACGCGAGGUCCGCGAGAUACCAGGCACCUUGAACGGUCUCUACCUGUGGCUGUGCCAGCGACUCUUCAGCCGAAAGCAAUUUGCCAAAGUUCAACCAUUGCUGAAUGUGAUCCUCGCGGCAAAGUUUCCGAUCACCCAGGAGAUACUCUACAAAUGCGUGAAAAUCGCGUGCAACAGCAUCACCAUAGAGGACUUCAAUCGCCGUUUGCACCUCCUACGCAGAGUCAUCUCUGUCUCACGCGCUGGAGCAUUAAUGCUGUUCCACCAUAGCUUCGCCGAAUGGUUGCUGGACGUGAAACACUGCACACAGAAGUACUUGUGCUCAGCUGUGGAAGGUCACGCCAUGUUGGCCGCUUAUUACACCCUUCGAGGUCCAGAGUUGAACGCCGACGAGAUCUGCGUGUUGGGCCAACACCUGCAACGGGCUAUCACGAACGUGGCCACCACAAAUUGUAACUUGGACGUGCACACGCUUCAAGUGCUCUGGAUGAUAGGGAGCGGAGCACCGAUAGAAGAUUGCUACCUGGACAGCUCGGAAUGCAUCCUUUGGCCAAGGCAGGAGGUGAAGCUGUUGAAACUCCUGAUCGAUGCUGGCGCCAAGCCGUCAGAGAAGGUCGUGGAAGACGAUGCUAGCAAGGAUGCUGUCUCUUCUAGUCAAGUCUCGCAAGACGUAAGCCCUAUGGAUGAAUCUCCUAGCGAACCAUUAACGGAACUGCUUGGCGAAAGCGGGGACAUCAAUCAAGCUGAUUCUUGCGGGCGAACAGUGCUGCACACGCUUGCUGCAGACGGUAAUGCAUCUCUGCUGGAGCUGGCUCUAGCGACGUGUCCUCAGGCAAAACUGGAAGCCACUGAUCGUCACGGUCAAACACCGUUAAACCUGGCUGCCAGACACGGCUAUGCAGACGUGGUACGGGUCCUCCUGGCUGCUGGAGCCUGUGCUGAUCACGCUGACUGCGAUGGAUGGACAGCCCUUAGAGCUGCUGCUUGGGGUGGACAUACUCAGGUAGUCGAAAUGCUGUUGGAGCACGGAGCAAUGGUGGAUUGCGCCGAUUGGGAUCAACGAACCGCGCUCAGAGCAGCCGCAUGGGGUGGCCACGAGGACAUCGUUAAAGCACUUCUGCAGCACGGCGCCGACGUCAACAGAACGGAUGACGAGGGUAGAACCGCCUUAAUUGCCGCUGCCUACAUGGGCCACAGUGAGAUCGUCGAACACCUUCUAGACUUCGGCGCGGAGAUCGAUCAUGAUGAUAACGACGGAAGGACUGCCCUCAGCGUUGCUGCCCUCUGUGUCCCUUCCAAUCAUGGCUAUGCAAAAGUGGUUACAAUCCUCUUGGAAAGAGGAGCUGCAGUCGAUCACCAGGAUAAGGAUUGCAUGACGCCAUUGUUAGUGGCCGCAUUCGAGGGGCACAGAGACGUUUGCGAGUUGUUGUUGGAAUACGAGGCAGACGUGGAUCAUUGCGAUGCUACGGGGCGCACGCCUUUGUGGGCAGCUGCCAGCAUGGGUCAUGGAUCAGUGGUCGCUCUUCUCUUAUUCUGGGGAUGUUACGUUGACAGUAUCGAUAACGAGGGCAGAACCGUUUUAAGCGUGGCUGCUGCCCAAGGUAGUACGGAUGUGGUGAAACAAUUAUUAGACAGAGGUUUGGAUGAGCAACAUAGGGACAAUUCAGGUUGGACGCCAUUACAUUACGCAGCAUUCGAGGGGCAUAUCGAUGUUUGCGAAGCACUACUGGAAGCUGGAGCCAAGAUAGACGAAACCGACAACGAUGGAAAAGGUGCAUUAAUGUUAGCUGCGCAAGAAGGACACGCUGCGUUAGUCGAAAGAUUGCUGGAACAACAUGGAACGCCGAUAGACCAACAUGCUCAUGAUGGGAAGACUGCCCUCAGACUCGCAGCAUUGGAGGGGCAUUACGACACUGUCAGAGUGCUGUUAGCUCAUAACGCAGACGUGAAUGCAAAAGAUGCUGAUGGAAGAAGUACUCUGUAUAUUCUUGCUUUGGAAAAUAGACUGGCGAUGGCGCGAUUCUUAUUGGAGCAUGCACGCGCUGAUGUAGAAAGUAGAGAUUCAGAAGGUCGAACUCCACUGCAUGUAAGUGCUUGGCAGGGACAUGUCGAGAUGGUAGCUCUGUUGUUGACAGAAGGUGGUGCAAGCGUAAACGCUUGUGACAACGAGAAUAGAACUCCGUUACACUCUGCUGCUUGGCAGGGGCAUGCAGCCAUUGUCAGACUACUACUGGAACAUGGAGCAACACCUGAUCAUACUUGUAAUCAAGGCGCAACAGCUUUGGGUAUCGCCGCACAAGAGGGCCAUGAACAUUGCGUACGAGCACUCUUAAAUCACGGUGCUGACCCCAACCAUUCUGAUCACUGCGGUAGAAAUGCUAUCAAAGUAGCUGCUAAAAGUGGUCAUGACACCGUAGUCAGACUACUCGAGGAACAUUCAGCUAAUCAACGAAGUCUAAGGCCUGGUAUCAACGGAGGUGGAAGUAGUAGUGCUACUUCGGUAACAUCAAACUCGACAGCUGAAACAAAACCAUCGUCCGCAAUUCUAAAUCCUCUGUCAACGCAAUAUAGUCCAGCAGAAUCGCCGGAUUCAACAAAAAGAAGAAGUUGUGUAUCCUUGGGUAACAAUUCCAGCAACAGUAAAUCUAGCAGCAACCUGACUGGUAGCACAAAAAGUGAUCAGGGGAAAUUCAACCAGAAUUCGAUGGUGAAUCAGGUAAUAAAAACACCAUUAUCUUUCACGCAACAACUGCAACAAUGCUCAAGAGGAGCGAAGAGUCGUCCACUUAGCAAACUUUUGUCGCCUCUGAAAAGCGAACCGCAGAGUCCUAUCUACGCUUCGCCACCUCAUUCACCGUUAAGUGACAGCCUGAUACCCUAUUCACCAACGAAUACAAGCCCACCUAGUGCUCAAACCGCGGCAAAUGCAAUACAAAGUCAACUCGGGGUAUCAUUGUUAGCCGGAAACCAGAAUAUACCAUAUAAAGCGCAACUCGGAGGAUACAAUCACACGUCAGCCAUUUACGAACCGAUUAAUAUAAAAACGGAGAUCAUCGACAAAAAUGACAUUAGUAAACCGUUUGAAUUAACGAACGAGAUGUUAGGUUUAAGCGUGACAAAGGACAAAAAGAAUGGGCUUGACGAAAAGAGAAAUUCAGCCGACACUCAUUUCACUAGAGACACUCACAUGAGGAUAAUAUUGGGAAACAGCGGUGCUGGUGUUGGCAGAAGUGUAAAACACACCUCUGACCAUACACCUGCCAGUGCAAGCAAUGCAAAACCAAAGCGUAAUGGCUUGGUUUCCAAUCCAGCCAUGAGAUUAGUAGCAGGUGUUAGAAAUGGAAUUGAAAAUGCAACUAAUAGAAAUAAACCUAUUACAACGCGAGUUAAUGGAUUUCAGUGGAAGGCUGAGGCACGAAAGGAAACACCUUUGUAGGGACAGGUUGUGUUGUCAGAAACACCUCAACAGGACACCGGAAUCCGUUACUGCGGUUGGCGAAUCGUAAUCACCAAAAAGCG